GAAUAAGCCAAAAAGUUCACGCCAGCUGUGACGUGGUGACUGCAUGAAGACGGAUCAGGCCUGCUGGUGUGCACGUAGCUGUUUAAGGCUUCACACAGAGCAGCCACAAAUGUGGACUCAGUGGGACGAGUAUGUCAGGCAGGUGUCCAGUGAAAUGGUCCUGAAAGACACACAAAUCAUCAGCCUGCAGGAGAGAGAAACCACACUAAGGACUGAGCUGGAGCGGAGCAGGAAACAGACUGAAAGGUACAAACAGCAUCUGAGAGCUGGUCUGAACAGAGAGAAAGUCUUGGAGAAGAACAGAGUCCAGAUGGAGUUGGAAUGGCAGCGACGUUUUGAAGAUGUAAAGGCUGACUACUACCUUGCAAAUGAGCAGCUAAUACAAGACCUGAUCGAGGUCAGAGACCAGGCUAAAGCUGAGCUGAUGGAGAGAGAGCAACAGCUGCAUGAUCUGACCGUCUUACUCCAGUCCACUAGGAGGGAGAGAGAUCAGGCUGUACAGGGUCUCACUCCAAAGGUGGAUUCUCUGGCAUCGGUGGAGAUCCGGCGUCUACAGGAGCAGAACAGCGCCCUGCGUGCUGUGGUUACCCAGAUGAGAAAGGACAUGGAAGGUCUCGGCCAUCUUCUAGUCUUACCUCACGCUGAGGCACCAGUGCAACCUGCGUAUCAGGAAUCUUCAGCCUCCAAAGGCAACACAGCAGACUGCCGUCAGCCUGUGGAGCAGGAGGUGCACCUGUCAGGUAAGCACCUCGAGGAGCAGCCAGGAGGUGUCACAGCACUGUCGGGCCUGGCUUCAGCCACAGAGGACCCACAACACAUCGUUCCAGACAGAUCACAGCCUGAAAAUCAAGCUGGUGGUUCGUGUCUGGAUGAACGUGGCAGGCGCCUCGCUGUGACACGUGUGGAGUCAGCUUCCAAUGACAUCACACAGCAGAGGACACUGGUGCAGCAGCUCCAAGCAGACAGCAAGUAUGUGAAACCAGCUCUGAUGUGUGGCGUGUUUAAGAGCGUCCAUCCUGCUAAAAGCGACCCCCAGCUCCUUCGCGUCAGGCUGAAGCAGGCAGCAGCCUGCAUCGCCCGUUUGAGCAGAGAGAAACAGCAGCUGAUCGCGCUGGGCAACCGCCUCCGUGCCCAGAUCGCCGCCGAUGGACGGCAGGCACUGGGGGGCCUGGAGAAGGACACCCCCACAGAGAAAAUAGGAGACCACCAUGGCCGCCUUUCUGUUGUGGAGCAGCUGCAGUAUCAGCUCACCACUCAGGAGCUGCAGUAUGCACUGAUGCAGAGAGCUUCCGCUGCUGCUGAACAGCACAUCCCACCAACAAAGAGCCAGGCUUUCUUCAAAGGGACUGCAAACACUUGCCAUGGGCUCAAACCCAGAGACACGUCUGAGACACGCUCACAGCUGCACUUGUCCAGGACUGUGUCGCAUGAAUCGCUGUGCUCAUUAACGAUGCUGUGGGACACUCUGGAUCGUGGACUUACGGACUCAGAAGGUGAAUGUGAGCUCAGGAGCAGACAGUUUGGUGGCUCUGGAGUCCAGAUGAUGGUGCAUGGUCGUGGUGUGAUUCCCAGCCAGCCCCAGACUGAGGUCCAGCAAAGCAGGAGCCAGUCUAAAACACUGUCAAGCACUACCAAGACCAAGAGACCUGCAGUCCCUGCCAGGAUCAGCAAGAUCAGAAACUACAAUGUUAAAGACUGAGAUGGACGUAGAAGACAAGCCCAGACCAGAGCUCCCAGCAGCUGGCUCACUGGGAGUAACACACGAGCAUCACGGACAUCACAACAGAGAGAGAAGAGUGGGACAAGGAAGGGAACAAGACUCUGGUGGAAGUAAUGAAGAUAAUCAGACAGAAAACAACAGCAAACACACAUCAGCAAAGGAGGAAACAGACCACAAACACAAGAACACUCACAGUAAACAUGAACACAAAGACACAAACACUGCAGGACAAAGACAAACCAGACAGAGACCAGGACGGAUAAGAAACACUAAAGGGACCAAAAACCUGAAACUGGAGCUGAACCACAGAGUCCAUCAAACUGAGCAGGAAGCAGAACUCGAAUAACACAACAGGACAACUAUGACUGACCGACAAUGAAGCUAUAGAACAAACAGAUUACACUGAAUAAGAUGUGAUUGUUUUCAUGCACAUUGUUAUAUAUAUUAGAACAACUUGAGCACAUAUGCACUGCAACAGAAGGAGAAAACAAACCCUGAGCAGCAAAAACCUGAACAGAAAUCAAACGUGUUGAACCCACGUGAGAGUUUUAGGGAGGAAUACUCAUGAUUUUAAGGAGCAUCACAGCUUUUUGCUGCGCUCUCACACACUCUGUCAAAUCCAGUAACUGAAGAAACUAGAGACACAGAACACACAGGAGUAAACAGCACGAGAAGAGCAGAGGCCUUAAACACACAGGAGGGGACGAGGCAGAGUGGACACCACGGGGAACACAGCUGGACAGAGUCACAGUAAGGGACUGUCAAAAUAAAACAGGAAACAUAACACUGACACAGACGCAAAGACGGACGAACCAUGGACAAAAAGGUAAAGACACCUGGAGACACGUGGAGACACCUGGAGACACCUGGAGACACCUGGAGACACCUGGAGACACCUGGAGACACGUGGUGGAAACUAAUAAGCCUGAAGCUAAACUAGAGUCACAAAAGUGAACUAACAGAAUCUACAGAAAGACUAAGAACCAACCUCAGCAGCAUGAGGAAGUAACACUGUGAUCAGGGGGUUAGAACGCCAACAUAAAUUCACGUACUCAUGAAUAAAUACUUUACUUUUAUAAAGUUAAAAUGUGUCCCCAUCAUUGUUCCAGUCUUGUUGUCCUUCAGUACAUCUUCAUGUCCUUGUAGUGGGAGGUUUCAGGUUUUGUCCUGUCCUGUGUAAUUCUCUCUGGUGUUCAUCCGUCUCUAAACACAUGAGGACAGUCACACGCAAACACUGCUGCAGCAGACCACGGUGGCUUCCACACGAGCAGCUUCAAAACAUGCUUUAUCCCCGAGAAAGUAUCUGCUUUGCCAAAGAGAUCAGCUGGGUCAUCAGCGUACACUGUGGGUGUGAAUCAGAACAGAAGCUCACAGUGGCCUGACUGUGACAGAAACAAUCACUGACAGGUUUGCAACUUGCUUUGGUGAACUAUGAACGUAGGAGACUCUCAGGAGCCGUGUCUUCUUGGUUUAACAGACACAUGAUCAGAUCUACAGGCAGCUUCUUUCUGAAACACGAGCAGAGUUUCAGUCAGCUGCUGCUGUUUCUCCUCAGGUUUAGAAACCCACUCCUGUAACAUGUUGUUGUGGAGAAACAGGAGGUGCAGUUCUCCCCUGAAUAGAGAUUUUAUAAGUGCUGGAGACCAUAUUCCAUAUGCUCCAUAUGAUAUCAGCUGUCACCACAUUUCCUCUCACCUCUCAGUAAACCUUUGUCAGUCCAUCCUUUUAUUCCUGAUAUUCCCAGAUACCAAACAGGUGAUACACACUGCUAAUUUUGUACACUGACCCACUCUGUGUUGUUUGGGACUGUCCCCUUCACUUUCAUAUUAUCGUAGUAUCUGUGGAAAACCUGGGAAACGCUGAUCUGUGAAAUACAAGUGAACCAUCAUUAGGAUAUCAUGUGUGGCAGCACUGGUAUAGGGACACACAGGUGAAUGCUGCGUGACAGCGAGACACACCUGUCUGCUCACAACUCGGAGUGCUUUUUGUUACGCUCACUGCCUGCAGCACACUCACAUGGAUGCAGAUUAAGCUUGAGUGUUUUGCCCA